AACACAUCUGAGGCUCGGAACAAAAACUCCGUGCACUUUCCCCUCACCGCUCGCUGCGGCGCACGUUGCUCGGUGUUCCCGCCGGCAUGGCUCUCUGGUCAAAGUCCCGACACUUCAGAUAAAGUCUUCCAGUGGAUGCCGUGUAGCCCACUCUGCGGGUCGCUGCCCCUGUUGGACUUUAUGCGUGUUUGAACGCGCGGCGGUGGGACAUCCGGAAUGGGGAAUCCGUAGGAGGAGACGACGCUCGCGGGUGUGCUGUUGGUAAAUAGAGCGCGAGCGCACCAGCGCGUCCGCGCGCGCAGGGAGAUGGACUUCAAGAAGACAAAAUUUGGAAGGUUCAUGAACUGCAGGGUCCCAGCCAGCAAACGAUACCAGCCCACCGAAUAUGAACAUGCUGCCAACUGUGCCACACAUGGGUUGUGGAUCCUCCCAAGUCUGGUGGGCGGGUCUGUGCUCUACUUCCUGUCUGUGGACCAAUGGCAUCGCGUGGCUGCCUGGCUCUACGGAGGUGGUCUCACCGGCCUCUUCGUCACCUCGACACUCUUCCACACUGCUGCCUGGAAGAUCAGCCACCUACGGAAGUUGGAGCAGCGUUUCCACAUGUGCGACAGAAUGGCCAUCUACUUCUUCAUAGCCGCCUCCUACUCUCCCUGGUUGAUGCUGAGGGAGCUGGGGCCCUGGUCCUGCCACAUGCGCUGGCUGAUAUGGGUCAUGGCCUGCGUAGGAUCCACGUAUGUCUUCUUUUUCCAUGAGAGAUACAAGCUGGUGGAGCUGUUGGGAUACGUGGCCAUGGGGACUGUUCCUGCUUUGGUCAUCCUGUCUAUGGUGGAGCGUGCAGGUGUGUGUGAACUGGCAGUGGGAGGUGUCUUCUAUGUGGUGGGCGUGGUCUUCUUUAAGAGCGACGGCCUCGUCCCUUUCGCCCACGCCAUCUGGCAUCUCUUCGUUGCAGCGGGAGCCUGUAUUCAUUAUUACGCCAUCUGGAGGUACCUGUACCUACCUGGGCAAGUCCUGCACACGUCGAGGUGACUAACCGCUCCCAACUGAGAUCACAAGGUGUCACAUCACGUGACUGACCGAGAAAAGUGCGUUUUAGUCAUGAGAGCACUGUGUUUUGACUACGACUGACGUGACUCGUGGUGCUGAGAAGAUCUGACCGUCAGUACUGACGGCGACAGGUCAGAUGAAAUUCUCUGCAGGUGGGGCCAAAACCCCGGGACCAAACACUCUUACUGUUAAACAAAAGAUCAUUUCAAUGUGCUACAUGUUGAAAUUCAGCUGAGUAGCAGCCCCGUGUGUGAAUCUGCAGUGUUCAUCACCUCAUGAGAGAUGUUUGCACAAACAGGACAACAUAUAAUGUGGCAGGAAGUUUACAAAACAAUCGUUAAGUGAAAUGAAUAGUUCGACAUUUUGAAAAAUGCAUUUAUUCACUUUCUUGCCAGGAAUUAUAUGAGACGAUUGAUAUCACUCUCAUGUCUGUAUGCUAAAUAUGUAGCUGGCAGCCUGUUAGCUUAGCUUA